AUGUCGCUCGAGCCCCCCUUUGCCCUCUCUUAUUGCAAGAGACCCAGACCCGCCAAGUGCGUCUCCCCCCAAACCAAAACUGUCCGCAGGCCUGCCCGUUCCCGACAGGUUCUCCAUGCCCACAGCACCAGCUUGUACUUGUUACGCGAGCUUCGGACACUUCUCCAAGAGUCGUACCGUACCGUGACCUCAACCAAGCCUCAUCACCAGAAACCUUCCACCAGCAUCUCGGUGCCUCCACGCCCCAUCGUUCUUCAGACUCCAGACACCCACGAGGCCAGAUCGAGGCAGAUACCGACAGCCAAGCCACAUAUGCACUCUGGUGAUGACAUAAUAUGCGUUGCCAUUGAAAUCGACUGGAACGAGUCACGUGUGGACGGCUGGGAUGUGGAGUCGUACAAACAGGCAUCCCUGGCGAAUGUCGUCAACGACGAGAACAUCGUCAGACACGCCACCAAAAACGCGGUGGCUCCACCAGCCACUAGCGAUAAACGAGAAGUGUUGGGAGACGUCACCCAGCUCAAAAACGAACAGGCAGUGUCGAAACACGCGUCAGCAAGCGUGACAGGCUCCACCAACCCCAAGGUCCAGAUCUACAAGCAGCAGUACCAGCACCAGUUCAAAAAACCCCGGCUCGAACGCAUUUUGCAGAGACAGAAACAGCGCCAGGACAUCGCCAUCCACAGCGACGCAACUGACGACGAAGAGCCGGAGUCCAGGACCCAGUUUGUGCCUGAGGAUGACGACGAGGACGAUGACGAUGCCUACGAGGACAUCGAGGACGACCAAACGGUGUUGAAGGAGUCGCACCCCCAGAUCUUAUUGAAGAAACACGGUGCAGGCGCCAAUGCCGCUGCAAUUGCCAACAACUACCAUAACAAUUCAGAGGAUAUUUUGAUAAGAAAGCAUUACGACCAGUUGACCCACCACCACAGCGCCAGUCCCGAAAUACCGGCCCAUCUCAACAAUUCCGAUUUCGCGGACGAGGAAAUUCCCUACACCGACAAGGAGAACCAGUCUCCCGCACAAGACGACGAGAAUGCGAAGCCCGUGGAUAUCCACAAGCCCAUGGAGCCCAUAUGGACGAAAUCGGUUUUCAACGAGUUGCAGUAUGUCAUCAACAAGUACUCCAGAGUCACCUUGGACGAGACCGACGAAGAUACCUUCGAUGUCACUAUGGUGGCUGAAUAUGCUCCAGAAAUCUUCAAUUACAUGCAUGAGUUGGAAAAUAAGUUGGUGCCCGACGCCACCUACAUGGACAACCAAGACGAGUUGAAGUGGGAGAUGAGAAGUGUUUUAAUUGACUGGGUGGUCCAAGUGCACUCCAGAUUCAAUUUAUUACCUGAAACUCUCUUCUUGACAGUCAACUACAUAGAUAGAUUUCUCUCCAAGAGAAAGGUAUCAUUAUCCAGAUUCCAGUUGGUGGGAGCCGUGGCUCUUUUCAUUGCCGCUAAAUACGAAGAAAUCAAUUGUCCUACUGUCCAAGAAGUUGCUUACAUGGCCGACAAUGCCUAUUCUGUGGACGAUUUUUUGAAAGCAGAAAGAUUCAUGAUUGAUGUUUUGGAAUUCGAUAUGGGAUGGCCUGGACCAAUGUCCUUCUUGAGAAGAACCUCCAAGGCGGACGACUACGACUACGAAACGAGAACAUUGGCCAAAUACUUCUUGGAGAUCACAAUCAUGGACUCGAGAUUCGUAGCGUCUCAACCAAGUUGGUUGGCUGCGGGAGCACACUAUUUGUCAAGAAGAAUACUCAACAAGGGAGAAUGGACCGAACUACACGUGUUCUACUCCGGUUAUACCGAGGCACAGCUUAGACCUUUGGCCGAAGUUUUGUUGGAUAACUGUCGCAAUGCAGAAACUCAUCACAAGGCAAUUUUUGAGAAAUACCAAGAAAGAAGAUAUAGAAGAAGCUCUGCAUUUGUUCAAGAGUACUUCAGCUCCUUGGAAUUUUCCUGA